UGGGGAUGUGAUGAAGGAGGUCUCUGGAACAGGUUGCCAAGGGAGGGCAGCCUGGGAGCAGGGGUACCCACCUCCUCAGGAAGCACCCGACCUCCUGGGCCUGUGGGCAAAGCUAGGUACCCAUGCACAUGCCUGUUGGAAGUGACUGGAGGAGACUGGUGCCUGGGAACAGGAGGCCUGGGCCUCUGUGGGGUGGCGAGGAGUCAGCUAGGCUGGGCAAGGGGAAGGGUCUGGAAGGCUGCAGCCCGGCAGCCCCUGAGGUGGCAGCCUGUUGGGAGUCCUUGGCACAGCUGAGGUGGAGUAGGGGGCCUACCCUACCACCUGCUUUGUGCCCAGGUGGAGCAAAUUCCGGAAGUCCAUUUCCCCAUCUGUGGUGGUUUUCAAUCUAAUUAAGCCAAUUAAGGUCUGACAGACGGGAGAGGACAGAAAGGGGACAUUCCCUGCCCUUUCAGAGCCUUCAGAGCGUUCUCGGCAGGCAGCCCAGGCCAGAAGUGCUGCUCAGACCUGCAGAAGCCAUAGGCCCGGGCACCUCGCUCUUGGCCAUUCUGGGACAGCCACUGCCCCUCCUCAGGCCCUGUCCCACUAGGGUAUACAUGGAGUGAGGGGGCAGAGGAGUGGCCACAAGAUCUACCAUCAAAGACCAGGGUCCCGGGUGUCCAGGUCUGUGGGGCGAAUCAGUCCUACCACCACGGGGCCAGAGUGAGGCCCUGGCAGCACCCCGGUGCCGGCUGCCCCAGAGCUUCGGCAGCUGCCCAAAGGUGGAUCUGUGCCCCCUGGCACAUAUCACUCAGGGGAGCGGGCAGCUGGUCUUCCCCAGGGCAGUCCUUCCCCUCCCCCGACAAGGGCCAGCUCCUCCAUGGAGGACCCCGAACUACAGGAUGGGACCCCAUGUUUUGCCUGGGCCCAGUCAGCCAGCCAGGGAGCACAAGAGUGUUCUCGCCCGGUCCUGGCCACAGCGCGCACAGAGUAGCCGCCCAGGAAACAUGUCAGAUGGCGCCCUGGGAGGCAGGGCGGCGGGCGGGAGGAGUGGGAGAGGACACAGUUGUGUGUCCGCCAUUUUGUUCCCGCAUCUCCUGGCAGCUGAAGCUGCCACAGGCAGAGUCUCUGGACAGUUAACACUUGGGUGAUGGAGCUUGCCUGCUAGCCACUUCUGGGUGCCUGAGGGGCCCACGGGGGGGGGCGGGCAAGUCUGCUGUGUGAUGAGCACUGCAGUGAGUGGCCAGGUCCGGCCUCCAAGGGGACCCUUCUGAGCCCGAGCCUCUGCAAAGGCCAGCCGUGGGCCCUGCAGGGCUGCGUUGCCAGGAGGCCUCAGUGCGGGUGUGAAGGUCAAGGCCCUGUGCGCUGAGGCACAGCUGGGAAGCUUAGCUCACGGCUUGCUCACUCACUCGCAGGCUGCUUUCACUCACUCCCUCUCUCCUUCCUGCGCAGGCUGCAGAGAAGCUGGGCCCAAGGUGGAGUUCCACGGGCCCUGUGAAGGUGUCUGUACUCAGCCGCUGCCCGGGCGCCCCCACUGCUGCUGGCACCCCGAGCCACCGCCUGUCCCUAGCUGAGGCAGCAACAGCAGGACAGCCCAUUGGGCAGGAUGGGUGAUAUGGCCAACAGUUCCAUCGAGUUCCACCCCAAGCCCCAGCAGCAGCAGCACGAUGCCCCCCAGGCCGGCGGCUUUGGGUGCACGCUGGCGGAGCUGCGCUCCCUCAUGGAGCUCAGAGGGGCCGAGGCUCUGCAGAAGGUUCAGGAAGCCUACGGGGAUGUCGGCGGCCUGUGCCGGAGGCUCAAGACCUCCCCCACUGAGGGCCUGGCCGACAACGCCAACGACUUGGAGAAGCGCAGGCAGAUCUACGGGCAGAACUUCAUCCCCCCUAAGCAGCCCAAGACCUUCCUGCAGCUGGUGUGGGAGGCCCUGCAAGAUGUGACCCUCAUCAUCCUGGAGGUGGCCGCCAUCGUGUCCCUAGGCCUGUCGUUCUAUGCACCUCCGGGGGAGGAGAGCGAAGCUUGUGGAAAUGUGUCGGCUGGGGCAGAGGACGAGGGUGAGGCGGAGGCGGGCUGGAUCGAGGGUGCAGCCAUCCUGCUGUCCGUCAUCUGUGUGGUGCUGGUCACAGCCUUCAAUGACUGGAGCAAGGAGAAGCAGUUCCGGGGGCUACAGAGUCGCAUCGAGCAGGAGCAGAAGUUCACGGUCAUCCGCAAUGGGCAGCUCCUGCAAGUCCCCGUGGCUGCCCUGGUGGUGGGGGACAUAGCCCAAGUCAAGUAUGGGGACCUGCUGCCCGCCGAUGGGGUGCUCAUCCAGGGCAACGACCUCAAGAUCGACGAGAGCUCCCUGACCGGCGAGUCCGACCACGUGCGCAAGUCGGCAGACAAGGACCCCAUGCUGCUCUCAGGCACUCAUGUCAUGGAAGGUUCUGGAAGAAUGGUGGUGACGGCUGUUGGCGUGAACUCCCAGACAGGCAUCAUCUUUACCUUGCUUGGAGCAGGUGGAGAGGAGGAAGAGAAGAAAGAUAAGAAAGGCAAGCAGGAUGGGGCGCUGGAGAGUAGCCAGACCAAAGCUAAGAAGCAGGAUGGGGCAGUGGCCAUGGAGAUGCAGCCCCUGAAGAGCGCAGAGGGCGGUGAGAUGGAGGAGCGGGAGAAGAAGAAAGCUAACGUGCCCAAGAAGGAGAAGUCGGUCCUGCAGGGGAAGCUCACCAAGCUGGCAGUGCAGAUUGGCAAAGCAGGGCUGGUGAUGUCAGCCAUCACUGUCAUCAUCCUGGUCCUCUACUUCAUCAUCGAGACCUUCGUCCUGGAUGACCGGGAGUGGCUGGCAGAGUGCACGCCGGUCUAUGUGCAGUACUUCGUCAAGUUCUUCAUCAUCGGUGUCACCGUGCUGGUUGUGGCUGUCCCUGAGGGCCUGCCUCUGGCGGUCACCAUCUCCCUAGCUUACUCUGUGAAGAAAAUGAUGAAGGACAACAACCUGGUCCGCCACCUUGACGCCUGCGAGACCAUGGGCAAUGCCACGGCCAUCUGCUCAGACAAAACAGGCACCCUCACCACCAACCGCAUGACGGUGGUCCAGUCCUACCUCGGGGACACGCACUACAAGGAGGUUCCGGCCCCCAGCGCCCUGACCCCCAAGAUCCUUGACCUCCUGGUGCACGCCAUCUCCAUCAACAGCGCCUAUACCACCAAGAUUCUACCUCCAGAGAAGGAAGGGGCACUGCCGCGACAGGUGGGCAACAAGACAGAGUGUGCGCUGCUGGCCUUCGUGCUGGACCUGAAGUGUGACUUCCAGCCGGUGAGGGAGCAGGUGUCCGAGGACAAGCUGUACAAGGUGUACACCUUCAACUCUGUGCGCAAGUCCAUGAGCACCGUCAUCCGCAUGCCCAAUGGCGGCUUCCGCCUCUUCAGCAAGGGCGCCUCGGAGAUCCUGCUGAAAAAGUGCACCAACAUCUUGAACAGCAGUGGCGAACUCCGUGGCUUCCGGCCCCGCGACCGAGACGACAUGGUGAAGAAGAUCAUUGAGCCCAUGGCUUGCGAUGGCCUCCGCACCAUCUGCAUUGCUUACCGCGACUUCUCAGCCGCCCAGGAGCCCGACUGGGACAAUGAAAACGAGGUGGUGGGUGACCUCACCUGCAUCGCCGUUGUGGGCAUCGAGGACCCUGUGCGGCCUGAGGUGCCUGAAGCCAUUCGCAAAUGCCAGCGUGCUGGCAUCACGGUCCGCAUGGUGACUGGGGACAACAUUAACACAGCCCGGGCCAUCGCGGCCAAGUGUGGCAUCAUCCAGCCUGGGGAGGACUUCCUGUGCCUGGAGGGGAAGGAGUUCAACCGGCGGAUCCGCAACGAGAAAGGCGAGAUAGAACAGGAGCGGCUGGACAAGGUGUGGCCUAAGCUCAGGGUCCUCGCCCGAUCCUCGCCCACCGACAAGCACACUCUUGUCAAAGGCAUCAUCGACAGCACCACAGGCGAGCAGCGGCAGGUGGUGGCCGUGACAGGGGAUGGCACCAACGACGGGCCAGCCCUCAAGAAGGCGGACGUGGGCUUCGCCAUGGGCAUCGCCGGCACCGAUGUAGCCAAGGAGGCCUCAGACAUCAUCCUGACGGAUGACAACUUCAGCAGCAUCGUGAAGGCCGUGAUGUGGGGCCGCAACGUGUACGACAGCAUCUCCAAGUUCCUGCAGUUCCAGCUCACUGUCAACGUGGUGGCCGUGAUUGUGGCCUUCACGGGUGCCUGCAUCACACAGGACUCGCCUCUCAAGGCCGUGCAGAUGCUGUGGGUGAACUUGAUCAUGGACACGUUCGCCUCGCUGGCUCUGGCGACCGAGCCGCCCACCGAGUCUCUGCUGCUGCGGAAGCCGUACGGCCGGGACAAACCACUCAUCUCGCGCACUAUGAUGAAGAACAUCCUGGGCCAUGCCGUGUACCAGCUCACCAUCAUCUUCACACUGCUCUUUGUCGGGGAGCUGUUUUUCGACAUCGACAGCGGCCGGAACGCGCCGCUGCACUCGCCGCCGUCAGAGCACUACACCAUCAUCUUCAACACCUUCGUGCUCAUGCAGCUCUUCAACGAGAUCAACGCCCGCAAGAUCCACGGCGAGCGCAACGUCUUCCACGGCGUCCUCAGCAACCCCAUCUUCUGCUCCAUCGUGCUGGGCACCUUCGCCAUCCAGAUUGUCAUCGUCCAGUUUGGCGGCAAGCCCUUCAGCUGCUCACCCCUGUCUGCCGAGCAGUGGCUCUGGUGCCUGUUUGUUGGUGUCGGGGAGCUGGUCUGGGGACAGGUCAUUGCCACCAUCCCCACCAGCCAGCUCAAGUGCCUGAAGGAAGCAGGCCAUGGGCCAGGGAAGGACGAGAUGACUGACGAGGAGCUGGCCGAGGGGGAGGAAGAGAUCGACCACGCCGAACGUGAGCUCCGCAGAGGCCAGAUCCUCUGGUUCCGGGGCCUCAACCGGAUCCAGACGCAGAUGGAGGUAGUGAGUACCUUCAAGAGAAGCGGUUCAUUUCAGGGUGCUGUGCGUCGGCGGUCUUCGGUCCUCAGCCAGCUCCAUGACGUAACCAAUCUUUCUACCCCUACUCACAUCCGGGUGGUGAAAGCAUUCCGUAGCUCGCUCUACGAAGGCCUGGAGAAACCGGAAUCCAAGACCUCCAUUCACAACUUCAUGGCAACGCCCGAGUUUCUGAUCAACGACUACACCCACAACAUCCCGCUCAUCGAUGACACGGACGUGGAGGAGAAUGAGGAGCGCCUGAGUGCCCCCCCACCCCCGCCUCCCAACCAGAACAACAAUGCCAUCGCCGUGGACAGCGGUGUCUACCUGAGCACGCGGGGCACCAGGUCGGCCACGUCACUGGCGCUGUCCUCCAGGCCCAGCAGCCCGCUGCACAGCGUGGAAACGUCCCUCUGAGUCGCCGCCAGCCAGCCCACUCCACACCGGCCUUUGGGAGGCGCGGCCGCUCCCAGCACUCCCUGUGGCCGCGUGCAAGGAGCCCCCAUUGCAGGCUUCUAACAGUGGGACACAAGGAAGGAGAGGCCGGGAGCGAGAAGGGCUGCGCCCCCUUUUCUACUGAAGUUUUUUAAAUUGAACAUGACUCUCCCACCAACAGCCGCCCCUUGGGCCAUGGUGGGCCAGAGACUGGUGCAGGCCUGCUAGGGCCUUGGCUGCGGCCCCUCCAGAGCAAGCAGACGAACAGACCCACGCAGAUGCAGCUGGGUGAGUGCUGCUUCUUCGCAGGGCGGGAAGGAUGCCUCCGCCCUGGAAUCCCCCCUCCCCCCUGCCCCUCACUCCCCCCCCCCCCCCGUACUGCACCGCCAAGCAUCCCUACCAUCUGUGUGUGU